AUGGCAGCGAUCGCACGGCAGGUCGUUUUCGUUGCGCCGCGGCCUUGGGCGCGUCAGAUCCAGCGCCACUUCGCCUUCUUUGAGAAGGCGUCCGACAAGCUUCCAACGGCCGCGGAACGAGGGGCGCAGUUGCGCAACGACUACGCGGACGAGUUGCGAACUUUGCCGCAGCAUCCUCUGCCGCAAAACGCCCCGCCGCCCGGCGCAGUGAUUCGCUGCACCCACAACCGCCCUGCGGCCAGUGCCGGGUCUCGCUUUCCUGCACAGCUGUAUCCAGGCCAUCCGCACAACUUCACGCCCUUGCGGCCGGUGCCCACGGGCUGGAACUCCACAGAUCGUGUGUUAUGUGGGCUGACGAUUGUUUUCGCACGACUUUUGGGCUUGCAUGCGGACAGCGACUGGACGUGUCAAAGAUACACGUUCAUGUUGGUCAUGAUGUUUUGCAACGGAAUUUUGUCGAAGAUUGGUUGGACUACGUCGUGGCGGUGUCCCGUGUGGUUCUUGCUCUUGCCGUUUUCAUAUUAUUAUCCACUUUUCCCGCCAAAGAAAAAAUCUGAUGCGGAGAAGGCGCAUAUCGUUCGUGCUGAGCUCGAGCAAUUUCUGGCAGAGCAUGGGCAGAUGCCAUCGCAGCAUGCUGAUCUGCCAAGCAGUCGCUCUUUAUAUGCCAAACUGAAGAAGCUGAAGCUGCUGCAUCUGUUAAAGCAUGAUUGGCGCCGGGGUGUUUGCGAUGAUACUUUGAAAUUUUUUUGA